CACCAGUAGCACACGUACAAGCAUACCGGCCUCGUCUCGUACCAGUUUCAUCGGCGAUCAGCGUCUGUCCGUCUCGAAGUUGAAGAGACAACGGACUAUAAAGGGGACGUCAAACCUCCAGACCGUUCGCGAAUCGAUCGGAAUCAUCGAUCGUCGAUCGAAACCGUGAAUCCUUCUCGAUCUUCCGGCACGCGUGUUCGAUUCGUUCCACCCGGUGUACACGUGUACCGUGUUCGUCUUCGGGAACCAAGUGCUUCGUGGACUCGAUUUGCGUGAAUUGGUGGCUCAUUCCAGAGGGAAAAAGAUCAUUCGCCUACAUAGUGUGUGUGUAUACGUGUAGAGGUAGAUGAAUGAACCGGACGGGAUGAAUUGAAUGAGUGGUAGGUUUCUUCGUGGAAUCGGUGAAUCUUCUUUUUUCUUAUUGCAGACGAUUCGAAUUUUUGUACAGAGACAUAGUGAAUAAAAAAGGUAUUGGUUUAAUUAAGCAUCAUGAAUGAAGGAAAUUUUUAUUGGCCUUAAAAAGCAUUCGAUGUGAUUGUAACAAUACUUUUUUGAUUCAUCAUAGGUAUCUGUAAGUUUACCUUUUUUGGUUACAAAGUCGUGGUUCAGAAGUCAAGGUUAAGGCUGAUAGUUUAUGCGUUCGGUAUUGUAUGCACCUUGAAGAAGCACGUCAUCAGGUAUCGUGUUUAACGUUCGGCAUGGAUCCAAAGAUCGGACGUCGCACGACGGACAUUAAUAAUCGUUAAUUUUCACGGGACAAUUACGCUGUUUCCUCUCUUCUAGUCGUUCAUUAUCAAUCUCGUAAUUUUUUUGCAUCGAUGCGAUCGACACCGGAAACAGAGUCGCCGAGUGGGUGAAGUGAGAACAAACUGACAGCCGGCCCGUGAUAAAUGCGGUUUCGAACCAGGACUCGACGUGCCUCGUGCCGGAAGUCGAUGGACUCGCGAAGCUGACGAAAGCUGAUCCACGUAGGCGAUCGUGUAAACGGUUUCAUUCAUCCGAUCCUUCACACUGCUGGUGAUUUUCACGAGAUAGAACACGGUUCACACGAGCAAUCGCCAUUUCUGCGAGCUCUUUUGUACUCGUGUACCCUGAGGAAUGGCGCAUCUUCGACGACCGGUCAGGAGGGAGCAUUACAAGCCCUUUGGCAGAAGGAAGUGUCCUCGAGAGCGGGCCGAGAGAGGACAUCGAUCAAAAUCUCGAACGUCUCGCGGAGAGUAUCUCGAUGCUCGCGAAAAUCGAAGCACCAGGUGGUCGAGGCGCGAUGAUCCUCGAUAGCCGGGUGUAGAUCGGGCACUGGUGUUUGGAUGGCUUGCAAAAGGAAGCGAAAAAAGUCGUGGACGAGCGUGUGAGGGGAAGUGUUCGCUGCCCCAUGGCCAGCAUGGCGUAGCGACGCUACGUAGUCACCCCUUUUUUUCGAAACCCUUCGAACGAAGCUUGAAGAGUUCGAACGAUGAAGCUGGCUGGCAAAGAGGAAGAAACCGAGACGCAAUGCGGUAGCUCGUGCUCGGCGAGAGCUUAGCGGAUCAACAUCGAGCCUCGGAGCCGGCUAGGGUAUCGAAACUGGGCCAUACAAAGUUCGAGGGCCCGCCGGAAGUGGAUCAAAGCCGCUCGAACAACAGCCCUGGCGACGACGGCGCUGCUUUCCGGCGAUGAUCGGAUACAAUCAACACAAUUCGGGCUACAACAAGCUAUUUACCCAGGGCUCGGCGGACUCAAACUACUCACAGCCGAGCUCGGAUCUCUCGCUGGACGAGGAGAAAGAGAGCUUGCGUCGUGAGAAAGAGAGGCAGGCCCUCAAUCAACUUGAAAAAGCCAGGACGAAACCGGUAGCGUUUGCAGUGCGGACCAAUGUGAGCUAUGACGGAUCCGUCGACGACGAUUCGCCGGUUCAUGGCUCGGCUGUCAGCUUCGACGUUCGUGAUUUUCUGCACAUCAAGGAGAAGUACGAUAACAAUUGGUGGAUAGGUAGGCUGGUGAAAGAGAACUCGGACGUCGGUUUCAUCCCUUCACCGGUGAAGUUGGAAGCCCUUAGGCAGCAGGCGAGCGCUGCACGUGGCACGAAGGGUCUCUAUUCGGCUCGUGGAGGGUCUUCAGGGAACCUUGGCGAGAGUGGUAUGCCCUCACGUGGUUCCACACCACCUACACCAGGUGACGAUAGCGACAGUGUGGGAAACGUACGUGGCGGUAAGGCAACGCUGACCACACCACCUGCCAAGGAGAAACGGAAGAACUUCUUCAAGAAGCCGGAAACGACUACACCGUAUGACGUGGUACCUUCCAUGAGGCCUGUGGUCCUGGUGGGUCCUUCGUUGAAGGGUUAUCAGGUGACGGAUAUGAUGCAGAAGGCUUUGUUUGAUUUUCUGAAGCAUCGGUUUGCUGGCAGAAUAAUUAUCACUAGGGUAAUGGCAGACAUUUCGCUAGCGAAGAGAUCAUUGCUAAAUAAUCCAACUAAAAGAGCGAUCAUGGAACGAUCGACCAGUAGGAGCAGCUGUCUGGCGGAGGUUCAAGCUGAGAUUGAAAGGAUUUUCGAGCUGGCUAGAACCUUACAGCUGGUGGUUCUCGAUUGUGACACCAUUAAUCAUCCGUCGCAGUUGGCGAAGACCAGUCUAGCACCAACGAUCGUUUACCUGAAGAUCUCGUCGCCGAAAGUGCUGCAGAGGUUGAUCAAAACGCGUGGCAAGUCUCAGAUCAGACACCUGAACGUACAAAUGGUAGCAGCGGAGAAGUUGGCCCAGUGUCCGCCGGAGAUGUUCGACGUGAUCCUGGACGAGAAUCAAUUGGAGGAAGCUUGCGAACACGUGGCCGAGUACCUGGAAGCAUACUGGAGGGCCACGCAUCCUCCUGUGAUCGCGUCCGUGCCACGGCCCAUUCCUGCACCCGACGUACCGGUGGAUGCGUUGACACCUCGCGUCACAUCAGGUAGCCGUCACGAGAGUUACCACGAGCCAAGAGGAUCGGGCUCGUACAGCGGCGGACACGUGAGCGAGGGAACGAGAAGAUCGAGGUUGGAGAGGAUGGAUCGUGAUCGUGGUGAUCGUGGUGAACACGAUUAUGGGACCGAGGAGGAAUCGUACGUUGGUGGCGUCGAUUACGGCAGUGCAUCGAGGCGUCGCCAGCAGCAAGACCCGCGCGCAUUAAAUGCCAUUUAGGAGCUGGGGCCCCGGGGCCUGUCGCUACUGCGCUGUCCCCACCUGCGCACCACUGCUCUUUAGUGGGGUCGCCACCUGGUACGCUACUGAAAAACGUACGAAGUGCUUAUAAAAAUGCUACCUUAGCGAAAAUUUGUCGCUCUGGUCUGUCAGUGGGGUUUCUUUCCUGUCCGCUAUCCGUAUGAACGUUUAUUUUCCGAUUACGCUAGCCGAGUAAAAUGAUACACGCUUCGAGAAAUAUGCUGCCACCAGCCUCCACGGAAUUCUGUUUCCUUUUUAUUCCUUUCGCCGCCCAAAAUAUAUUGGCUGAUACCCAGUCUUCGGUAAAUUAAAUCGAUUGAUUUCGUACGAUCUAUGGUGGAACGUACAUGCACGACAAGAAUAACGUAGAAUCUUCUUACAACGUUGUCCCCUUCUGUUCGUUUACAGAGUUUCAAUUAUCGAAUUCGCUGUAUUAGAAUGAAAGAAUGCGAGAAAAUGAGAGAAAGAGGAGAGUGAUCGAUUAGCCAGCGAAAACUUUCACGAGCAUUAUUUCCAACAGGAAUUCCGCAAACGAUGGGCGGGGUUGAAACAAAUUAUCGAAAUGUCCUAAUCGAUGCGGUACGCACAGGAUAAAUCCCCCAUUCGCGGAACCAGCUCAACGAGAUGAGUAUAAUUACGUGAACAAAUCAAAGAAACAUACGUUCAUGAGAAUGAUAGUGUAUCGAGAGAGAAAGGGUGAGAGGGUAAGAAAGAAAGAAAUGAAAGAGGGAUAAAAAGAGCCCUGGGGCCUUAAUUUUUGCGCUCACUCCUCCCGGGCCCCUAUACCCACCCCCACGAGAAGCAAAUCGAGCUUCGUGAUUGCGAAUAAUUAUCUAUGAGAGCUUCGUGAAUCGGCAUCGGGUAUUCAAAGGCACGAGAUCUUCGCUCGAAAGUUAGAUAGACGAUCGUUCUGGUAAACGAAGAAAUACGAGGGAAGAAAAACUAUACGGGAAAAUUUCGAUACGAAUUUUUGCGUAGUAUUCUUUCAAUUCGGCCACGAGAACAAUGAUAGUCGCUUCGACAUAGAGGAAAAUCAUUAAAGAAAAUAAGAAACGAAGAAAGUCACUCUAGUCGAAUAUGUUUAGUAUCGAUCGCAUGGUAAAUUCUAUAUUAGGAAUUUUCGUAUAUAAACGAAUUUUCAACGAUUACGAAAUCGGUGCAAGACGAAUUAUACGCGCGUGGCGAUGGGUUGGGAUCAGAUCAUCCUGAUAAAUAUAAUCGAACAGUUGAAAGUUUUCGACUAUCGAAGCGCGUUGACGAUCGCCGCGCUAGGCUGACGUGUUUAUACGUUUUAUUAGAGUCUAUUACGUGGAACAGGAUAUACACAGGUACAUACGAACACGAAAAGGACAUGCACACAUACACAUAUGUACAUUAUUGGUCAAAAAAGUAUGGGACCAUUUGCAGUGAAUAUCUUUAACCAUUUCGCUAUUAAAAUGAUUAAAAACACUUGUAGUAACAGAUAUAUCUAUCUUUUUUGCUCGAUACUCAAAUCUUCUGAAAUUUGUAAUUUUUCAAUUAAAAUGGUUCCAUACCUUCGGCCAUCGGUGUAUAUACACAGGACAACACGGUAACACUUUGAACACUACUUUGUGUAUAUAGUAUACAUACAUAAAUAAUAAUAUAUAAAUAUGAAUAUAUUGUAUACGCGGUGAACACUUCCAUCUCUGUCGCUCGACAAAAAUGAAUCUCGAUCGAGGCAAAGCGAGAGAAAAGUAGAGUGAGAGAGAGACAGAGUGAAAGGGUGGGAGAGAAAGAGAAAGAAUGAAGAUGAUACUAUACCAUAGAUAACGAAUCCAAUAGUUAUACUGUGUACAUAUUGUAAGAAGCCUUUAAAAGAACGAGUCCUUUUCGUUUCGAUUGCCGUGAACUCAGUGUUGUCAGGCUGCAUCGUGGAUCACUUUGUACACUAAAGCAGAUUUUCAUUGUUAUCGACACAUUUUUCAGUCCUCGUUGUUAUCAAUCUCUACGCUUUUGAUGCACUACGAUUCUCCUGCAACCACAAGAUAUUUACCGAAUAAUUGAUACAGACAUACAUACGCGUACACUUACACAGAUUGCAUGGAUCCAAUCGUGACAACCGAUAACACCGAUGGAGUUCUGAUAGCUCACGUGUUUGUUGGUCUUUAACCUUUUCGAUGCUAAAUAUUUCUGAUAUAAAAUUUCUUUGCACAGGUUUCAAUUUUGUUAUCAUUUAAAAAUUGACAAAUUUUCAUCAACUCAGCCACUGGACAAUGCAACAGACUUGUUAAAAUUCAUAGCACCGAAAGGGUUAAUGGCACGUCAUUUCUUGAACAAAACGAACAAAUCUCGGGCACGUUAUUCUUGAAAAGAGUCUAAUGAAUUUUGAACAAUUCAAACAGCGACGUGCGUCGUUUAGAUUAGAGAGAUAGGAACGAGGCGUUCCAUUCCGAAGGAUUAUGUUCGAAUAGUGUGCUUUCGCGACACGAAUUUUACGCGUGUUAUUGCUGUGUGAAUUUUAAUCAAGCUCUUUUAUCGUUUCAAAGCUAUUUUAUGCACCAUUAUCGACCGAUCGCUGGCACCGUUUGUUCUAAAAAGGAUCGACGACUCGAAUCGAUCAUUUUUUAUUUCACAAAACUCGAUCGUGGAUCGCCUCCUUCUUUGGACGUUAUUCCGUUUGUUGUUCUUUCGAAUUGUCGCGAAGGAGGCGUGUUUUCGUCAGCGAUCUGGUCUCGUUCGAUUGAGAAUAAUUGAAAGUGUUUCGAUAUUUCUCGUUAAGACUCGUUGUUUAUUCGCCAGCAAGUGAUUGGCGCGGGAAGAUUAUAUUAGGCAGGUGUUCGCGCGCGUAACAGAUGGGAUGUUUUUUAUUUUCAUCGCGCGUUAAACACCGUUCAUUAAAAUUAACCGGCGCCUCAAGGGAUCAUCCGAUGGAUGUUUACGAAGGAAACAUUCCUCGGCUAAGAAUCUUAACGGCGCCUUAACGAUUAGAUAGAUGUUCGUGCGAAGAUCAGCCUUCGAUAAGUUUCUAAAUCUUCGCUUGCUACGCUGUUAAACGAAUUUCAACGGCGCCGCGUGCCGCUCUUGAUUUCGCUUAUCGACGUUGAAAGUUUUACUCUUUUAGGCAAAGAGAAUUUUUUUGUAAAGAUACAAUUGUAAGAAUGCGAAGCAUCGUAUGCAAGGAACGAUUGCGUCGUUCGGUAUUCGCCGAGUAAAAAGAAUUACGUUCGAGCGUAAAAUUGCUCGAUUAUUGUAAAAUCAUUUCGCAGCCGACGUUUGUAAAUACUAGGUGAAAUAUAUAUUUGCAAGGCACGAUCAUUGGUGACGUAUCGACUGGAUGAUACUCACGCUUCCACUUGUGUACAGGCGCGUUUGCCUUUUCGCAUUCGACGUUCGAUCGAACACGAAUGCUCCGUAGUAGCAACAAUUUCUUUCAUACUUUGAUUCUUCAUGCCUGAUAGAAGAUAUUCAUUCGUGGAACAGCACGGGAUUAUGCAAUUCCGCGAUUAUUUUAACAAUUUUCCGUUUCGUUCCUGGAGAGUAACUAUGCAUAACGUUGUGACGCGUAGAUCGAUUGAUUUCGAAAUCAUUAGUCAUGUAGGCGCAACCGACGUAAUUAAAGCGAUCGAUAGAGGAAACGUACGACUACGUCGAGCUGACGGGGUCGUUAGAAUUAUUGGAAAUUUUUUAUAAUAUUUUGUAAAGAGUCUCAAUAGGCAGCGAUAGAAACCCACAUCACGCAGACCUGGAACGAACAUGUUUAGGAUGUGUUACAGUGACACAAGUACAACAUAACACAACAUAAAAGAUCGUACGCGAACCGCGAUUAUUCCGUAGAGUACGAUUUACGUAGCUACUUUAAAACGGAACGAGCGAGCAUUCCGUCGCGUCGGCUUGUACGGAUUUCAGUUUAGAAGUUUAGCAGCUUCCGGUCCGUUCUUUCUUUCGGUGUAUCGUCGAGAAUAGCGUUCGAGAAUCUGUAAACGUCCACUAGCUCGCUAAAUUAACGUCAGACGAAAGAGAUAAGGAAUCGAGUAGUAGAUUAAUCGCGAACAAUUCGGAUUUACUUAUAAAUCUCUUCGUAGUUGUCUCUUCGUAAACGAAUUUAUAGUUACCGCUCACGCGUGACGCUCGUUCGAUGCGUAGAAGAUGAACACACACCUAUCUAGAGAAGAAAAGAAAUCUCCACCUGUCCCCCUCAAAAAAGCAAAAACGAAAAAAAUUCAAAAAAAAAAGAAAAUCAACACAGAAAUAGUAAAAAUCGAACGGAUACGUGAUAACGGGAACGCUGAAAGUUCAAUCGGGAACACUAAUCGAAAAGACUAAAAAUGUUUAAGAAAAAAAAAAAUACUGUUUGGAAAAAGCGAGAGAGGGAAGACUGGAAGCGAGGGCGAACCUUUCAGGGUGCAAAUGAGCGUACAAUUCGUUGAAACUGGGCGCGAAUUGAUUCUUUAAUUACGUGGGAGUGAAGUUUAUCCGCGUUGGUUGCACGUGAACGUUGUUAAUUAAAAAAGAAGUCUGCUUUAUCGGCGUCGUGAAACGAUUUUCGACGUCAUCCACGAACGCAACCCUAAUAUGAUGGUUGGAAGGUCCAAUGAAAAAAAAAAAAAAAAAAAAAAAGAAAUAUGAGAACGAUGCAUCGACGAAGGGAGGAACGACUUUUCUUUGUUUUGUUAAUCGACGAAAGUGUGUUUCGUGUUCUGAACAACCCUUGGUCGAUGAUCAUUGUGUCUCGAUAUGCUUAGAGAUAUCGCGAAACGCCUGUCCCUGUAAACGAGCCUUAAGGCUUUCGCAACAAAUAUUGUUGGCCGUGGUUACGCUAUGAUUUCGAAAAUGUAUCCGUGUACAGAGAGAAGCGAACAGAGAGACGCGGUGAUGAAUUCGCGUGGACGCCAUUCUCGGUUUGACUCGAUGAUCGUGACUUUUGCCUCUUCAUUCUUUCAACGCUUUUUGAAACGGAAAAUGUUUGACGGGUUUCUGUCGGUUCCCUGCUGCUUUCUGUCCGUUAUCCGACCAUUCGAACGCUUCAGUAGAAAGUACACGAAAUAGAACAGGACAGACGAAGCAUGAGAAUAAUUAUCAAUGAUCACUCUAGAAAAUUAGAUUAGAACGAACGUAGAGGCAUUUAGAGAUGAUCGCAUGCAGUCUAAAGGAUAUUAUAAACACGAUCGACAAAUCGUCACUGCUAUUUUGUCACGCCGUCCCAAAUACGAUCGUCGAUUCGAAUCAAACCGGCGUCGCUCCGAGGACGAAGUCCUGUCGCCUGUGUACGUGAAUUUCCAAAAAAAAAAGUGUUCAAAUUUUACGUGCUUUCUUACGAGGAGGUAGUUCGCAGCUACCCCACGUGCGCGACACGAGUGUCUAUGUACAAUUUUCUUUUUCCUUCUUUUGGAAGAAACGCGGGCGCUCACCCACGUCCUCGGUCAUUUUUCUUUUGCGGCUGGUUCGUUGGAUCAAAGGUUUUUUCCUGUGUAUAUUGUCUAUUAUUCCCUCGUGCGAUUGGUCUUGGUUGCGGUGAGAGAGUGAGAGAUUUAAUGAUUCGUUUUAUUUCAUUGUUGUUUGCACCAAAAUCGUGUGCAAGAAGAAGAGAGAGAGAGGAAGAGUGGAACAGAACAAUUGUGUUGGUCGUUUUGGUAUUAAUCGAAUUCAGGAUUUGUCUAAUUAUAUCUGGUUUAAUGAACCGAAGAAGAAAGAUGUACGAGAGUGUGUGUGUGUGUCUGUGUGAGUGAAUGUUAUUGCAAGGGAAAGAGAGAAACGGAUGUGAGAGAGACGAGGAUUUUGCGGUUUAAUGUGCGAGAGAUGCGGUUAUUCGGAGACGGAAUUGAGGCGAUUAAUUAUCGAGAUGUUGUAAAUUGUUCUAUAGCAAAAAUGAAAAGUGCUACGGCCGUGGCAGCACGCCUUUUCAGAUAUCCUCGACGAUCGAUCACUUUUCGAUCUUUGAUUAAUUGAAAAUCAAUUGGAAGGAUCUUCGAAUGGUAGGAAAAUUCGAUUGCUUUCAUUCGAUUAAUUAAUUUCGUUGAUGAUUCUCGAGAGGCGUGAUGCUCUGAUCGUUUCGAUGUUGAUAUGUCAAUGCUGUGAUGUUAUCCUCUGAAACUUCAAACGAAAAAAAAAAGUAUAUUUCCCCUCCCCAUCCGCCCCUUUCGACACGCCCCGUCCCAACAAUUUUUCCAAAAUAAAAAAGUGUCCCGCAAGACGAAUCCUUUUCUCCUUUGGAAAAUGAAUAUUUCUAUUAUUGUAACACUCCGCAUAGCCCUUAAAAAAUAGCUAGAUUCUAAUCGUAUUUAAUGUAAAGUUUAUUAUUGUUACAUCUCAGUGAUUCUCUCCUCUAUCAGUGAUAUCACGGAGAGAGAGCGGACGUACAAGUCGAGGACGUUCGCGCGGUUAUUGGGGGAGAGAGAGAAAUUAUUUGUAGAGGUGGUUGAAAGUAAAUCGAUCGAUGAUCGAUCGAUCGUAACGCUCGUUUCUCUCCGAUACGUCACUGGUAACCAAAAUUCCUACAUUUGUCGCAUUUGUAAAUAAAAUUUUUAUCAUCACACGAUGCAA